UUCUCGUUCAGUUUGAGUCACCGUGUAGAGAGUCAUUAUGAACCUCCGUUUGUUGGUCCUUGCUCUGGCUGGCCUUGUGGCUGGAAAGCCGGUUGAACUUGGUGCUCGUCAGAGCCUCUUUGGAGGUGGUAAUGAACUCCGCGAUGGAUCCUGCAAGCCCAUCACGUUUAUCUUUGCCCGUGCUUCUACUGAGCCGGGUUUGAUGGGUAUCUCCACCGGCCCUACAGUCUGCAAUGACCUCAAACUCGCCAAAGCAGGCCAGGUCGCCUGCCAGGGUGUCGGACCCAAAUACACGGCUGGAUUGUUCGAGAAUGCUCUGCCGCAGAAUACCUCGCCUGCUGCCAUCUCCGAGGCGCAGGAUUUGUUCAAGCAGGCUGCGUCCAAGUGUCCCGAUACGAAGAUUGUGGCGGGUGGAUACAGUCAAGGAACAGCAGUCAUGCACGGCGCCAUUUCCGGCCUCCCCGAGAACGUCAAGGAGAAGAUCAAAGGCGUCGUUCUCUUCGGCGACACCCGCAAGACGCAAGACCACGGGCAGAUCCCCAAUUUCCCCAAGGACAAGAUCAAGAUCUACUGUGCGGCUGGGGACUUGGUGUGUGAUGGCACGUUGAUUGUCACGGCGGCGCACUUUACCUACAUUGCCAACACCGGUGAUGCGGCGAAGUUUUUGGAGUCGAAGUUGGGUUAGAGUCCCUGUCACUACUAGGGGUGAAAUAGUGAGGCUAUCCCUGUGGCAUUCCAGAGGGAGGCUGGCUUAGUGGUGAAUGUUGCAUAGUUGAUGGUUUCAGUUAGGAUAUGAUAACGGAGGAUAUAAGAUAUAGGAUGGUAUAUGUGUAAGAUGGUAUAUAUGAUAUAUUUAUCAAAUUAAAUUAAAUGAGGUU